CUGAUAUACUUGCAUCAUAUAAACAUUUACAAAAUCGGCAUCGAUGUUCAUCACUGUUUCACCCCAAUGAUAUGAUUAAGAAAUUUUCACCAUGGUCGGUUACAAAAAGUUUUUUAUUCGAAACCAAUAGAAAAGCUAUUCAUUUUUCAAAUGUUAAUUUAAAUGGCGAACAAAAUGGACAACAAAAACGGCCGCCACCAUCACCACCACCAGCUGAUCUUUGUUGCCGUAGUGGAUGUGCUAAAUGUGUAUGGCUUGAAUAUUGUUUAGAAUUGGUUGAAUUCUACCGAAAUGAUGGUGGUGUUGAAAAAGCACAAAAAGAAUUAGAAAAUCAUGUACAUGAUCCAUCAUUACGAAUGUUUAUCAUAAUGGAAUUAAAGCAAACGUUAAACAAUAGAUAGAUUAUGAAAAUUUAUUCAAAAAAAAUAAUAAAAUAAAGACAAAGAUAAUA